AUGGAACUUGUGGAGGAAGCACUGGCUUCGUCUGCAGCCCUGUCUGGGGUGCUUGCUGUUCCAAAGAUGGCCAAUGCGGUCGCUCCAGCAAAUUCUGUGGCGAUGGAUGGUCCUGGAAGUGUCUCUCCAGACGGUUCUUGUGGCGGCGACAACAAGUUUGUUUGUGGCGGAAGUACCUUUGGAGGUUGCUGCUCGUUGCAAGGCUGGUGCGGUAACUCCACCGCCCACUGCGGUAAUGACUGUCUCCCCGACUUUGGUACCUGCGGUCCUCCUUCAAACAUCACUGCCAACGGCCAGUGCGGCUCGAACGGAAAGAUCUGCCCCGGUUCUGGCUUCGGCGAUUGCUGCUCUAGCACGGGAUGGUGUGGUGAUAAGGAAGACUUCUGUGGUGCUGGCUGCCAGAAUGGCUUUGGCAACUGCACUUUGACCGAUGCUGGAAAUGUCUCAACAGACGGCUCCUGUGGAAAGAAUGGCAAGAUCUGCAAGGGUAGCUCAUGGGGAGACUGCUGUUCUGCCGAUGGCUACUGUGGCAAGGGUGAUGGCUUCUGUUCUGCUGGUUGUCAGUCCAAGUUCGGUGACUGUGAUGCCGAGACCAACAUUUCUACAGAUGGGCAUUGCGGCAAGAAUGGUAAGACCUGCAAGGGAAGCACUUAUGGAGAUUGCUGCUCUGAACAAGGAUACUGUGGCAAAACAAACCAUUGUGAAGCAGGCUGUCAAUCUGAGUUCGGCACCUGUAAUGCUGAUUCGGGCAAGGUCUCUACUGAUGGUCGAUGUGGAGGCUUCAAUGGCAAGACUUGCAAGGGUAGCUCCUUCGGUGACUGCUGUUCCAUUGGGGACUGGUGUGGCAAGACUUCUCACUGUGAUGCUGGCUGCCAGUCCAAGUUUGGCACUUGCAACAGCGAAGCGAGCAACAUCUCCACCGAUGGCUACUGUGGUAAGAAUGGCAAGACUUGUAAGGGAAGCACUUACGGUGACUGCUGUUCUGCUCAGGGCUACUGCGCUGUGGUAAGAACGGAAAGACUUGUAAGGGUAGUGAGUAUGGUGACUGUUGUUCUCAGCACGGAUACUGUGGAAAGGGAGAUGACUUUUGUCGCACGGGAUGUCAGCUUGCCUACGGUCUCUGCCCUGGUAUUUCUGCCGACUCUGAGUGUGGUUCCAGGAACGGUAGAACUUGUGCUGGCUCUGGCCUUGGAAACUGUUGUUCUGCCAAUGGUUACUGUGGAAGCACAGGAUCUCACUGUGGACAGGGCUGCCAGAAGGGUGCCUCCAGUGCUUGUCUGA